UAACCGUCAAAAGAGAAAGAGGAUAGAAGAAGGCUCGACGGCGUCGGCUUGCCAUGGCGGUGCAGAGAGAAGGUUCAAUCGUUCAACCUCCAUCUGUGUACAUACGAUAGAUUUACAGAGUCAAAGUUGGAGAAGAGAGAGAUUUAGUCUUAAUCCCGUUUUCCUUGUUUAUAUUUAGCCGCUUUUACCAUUCUCAAUCAGUUUUGACAAUUCCACGCAAUCCAUUUCGUCUUCACAAGCAACGGUGACUUUCCGUGUAAACUUCUCCUUCUUCUUCUUCCUCUGUGUUUUCAUAUAUACCUUCCUUUUUCUCUCUUCUACUCAAUUCCAUUUCAUUAUACGUAAUCUCAAUCUACCGUACAUAUAUACAUAUCGUCAUCUCUUUACAUUUCUGUAUAUUUUCUAUUCCCAAUUUGUUAUGGAAGCUUCCUCCUCCUGUUCGUCUCCACUUUCUGUUCACUCAUUCAUCGAUUUCCUACCUUCUUCACUUUCCCGAUCCAAAAACCGCUCCGUUUCAGCCAAAUUCGGAACCUCACGUGACUUCCAUGGCCGCCGUAAACUCAUCGCUAGUUGCAGCAGCAGUUCAUCUAGUUCAUCUUCCUAUUUCGGUUUCUCGAUUCAACCUAAAAGGUCAGUGGAUGCGAUUUUCAAAUCUAAUAGAAAGAGACGUUCGUUAAUCGUGUCGGCUGUGUUUGAGCGUUUUACCGAGAGAGCAAUUAAGGCGGUUAUGUUUUCUCAGAAGGAAGCUAGGGUUUUGGGAAAGGAUAUGGUGUUUACUCAACAUCUUCUAUUGGGUUUGAUAGCUGAGAAUCGUGAUCCUGAUGGUUUUCUUGGUUCUGGAAUAAACAUAGACAUGGCUCGUGAUGCAGUUCGUAGUAUUUGGCAUGAGGAAGGUGUUGAUGAUCAGAAUCAAGUAGCUAAAACUGCAUCUGCAACUGAUGUUCCGUUUUCUGUUAGUACGAAACGAGUUUUUGAUGCUGCAGUUGAAUAUUCGAGAACUAUGGGGUAUAAUUUUAUUGCUCCGGAGCAUAUUGCCAUUGGCCUCUUCACAGUUGAUGAUGGCAAUGCAGGCCGCGUACUCAAAAAAUUGGGCGUAAACACGAAUUACUUAGCAGCUGUAGCAAUAUCAAGACUUCAAGGAGAGCUCGUCAAAGAUGGAAGAGAACUACCUUCUUCGCAAAAGAAAAAAGACGAAAAGUUGUCUUCAGGGAAAAUCAUCAUCGAUAGGUCAUCUGAAAGUCGCGACAAAAGUAGUUUGUCAGAGUUUUGCGCGGACCUUACAGCUCGAGCUCGUGAUGGAAUGAUUGAUCCUGUCAUUGGGCGGGAACUCGAAGUUCAAAGAAUUAUUCAAAUACUCUGUAGAAGAACAAAAAACAAUCCUAUUCUCCUUGGAGUUGCAGGGGUUGGAAAAACAGCAAUUGCUGAAGGCCUAGCUAUUAGUAUUUCUCAAGGAGAUGUCCCCGUGUUUCUGCAGGGGAAACGGAUCAUGUCAUUGGACGUCGGUUUGUUGAUUGCCGGUGCAAAGGAGAGAGGGGAGUUGGAAUCACGAGUUACUACAUUAAUUAAGGACAUCAAGAAAGCAGGCAACGUAAUUCUUUUCAUCGAUGAAGUACACACUCUAGUUGGCUCGGGUACAGUUGGUCGAGGCAACAAGGGAUCUGGCCUUGACAUUUCAAAUCUACUUAAGCCAUCUCUUGGAAGAGGUGAAUUACAGUGCGUUGCUUCGACAACAUUGGAUGAAUACAGAUCUCAUUUCGAAAAGGACAAAGCUUUAGCAAGAAGAUUUCAGCCUGUUUACAUCAAUGAGCCGAGUGAGGAGGAUGCAGUUAGAAUACUGUUAGGGGUGCGUACAAAAUACGAGUCUCAUCACAAAUGUAGAUACACACUGGAGGCUAUAAAUGCGGCUGUGCAACUAUCGGCUAGGUAUAUACCUGAUAGGCAUCUUCCCGACAAGGCUAUUGAUCUGAUCGAUGAGGCAGGAAGUAAGGUUCGUAUGGAUGCCUACAAGAGAAAAAAGGAACAGCAGAUUGAUAUACUUUCCAAAUCACCUACUGAUUACUGGCAAGAAAUAAAUUCUGUCAAGACCUUGCAUGAUAUUCAGGCCAUCUCUAGAAAACUAAACGAAAACGAUGGCGCAAUUGAACUUCCCGAUUCAUAUUUGCCCUACACACCAUCGGAUGAAGGACCUCUUGUUGUUGGACCUGCUGAGAUAGCUGCAGUUGCUUCACUCUGGUCUGGGAUCCCAGUUCAACAGCUCACUCUUGAUGAAAUGAAGAUGUUAGUUGGUCUAGACGAGCAGUUAAAGAAACGGGUUAUUGGUCAAGGAGAAGCGGUUGAUGCUAUUUGUCGAGCUGUGAAGAGAUCCCGAGUUGGGCUCAAGGAUCCAGAUAGGCCUAUCGCUGCCAUGUUGUUUUGUGGACCCACUGGAGUUGGCAAAACCGAACUAACAAAGGCUUUGGCCGCGAGCUAUUUUGGUUCGGAAGCUGCAAUGUUAAGAUUGGACAUGAGUGAGUACAUGGAGCGACAUACAGUGAGCAAGCUGAUUGGAUCGCCACCUGGUUAUGUCGGUUAUGGAGAAGGGGGUACGCUUACAGAAGCUAUUAGGAGACAACCGUUCACUGUUGUAUUAUUGGACGAAAUAGAGAAGGCACAUCCCGAUAUAUUCAAUAUUCUCCUUCAAUUAUUCGAAGACGGUCACCUUACAGAUUCUCAGGGUAGAAGAGUCUCGUUUAAGAACGCUCUUGUGGUGAUGACAUCUAAUGUUGGUUCUGCUGCCAUUGCUAAAGGGAGACAUAAAUCGAUAGGUUUCAUGCUGGAGAACGAUGAGUCGACUUCUUAUAGUGGGAUGAAAGCGCUACUAAUUGAAGAACUAAAGAAUUAUUUCCGGCCAGAGUUGUUGAACAGAAUUGAUGAAAUUGUUGUCUUCCGUCCAUUAGAGCAAAAUCAGGUUUGUCAUCCAUCGCCUUAAUAAACUCUUGUUAUA